AUGAGAAGAGAUGGUUUGACAAUGUUGGAUUCAGAUGAUGAUUCUCUACAGGCGUAUUGCAGAGGUCUGUCAUCUCUAUCGCCACAAGUGGUUUCAUCAAAUUUCAAACCUUUGUUGAAACACGGACUGGAACAAAUCUUAUCACCACAAUUCUUGUAG